GCAUUCUUCCCUUGGUCCUCGCUGCAUUUUCUAUGGCCGCAAAUGCUGUGCCCAAGCCGGAGGAGCCAUUGAAUGAGCUCUUAGCGAGGCAGGAUGGCUGUGGCGAGGCCUCUAGAUCCGUCGCAUUUUUGCGGGGUUAUAGCCCCAGCGCCGAGGAUCACUUCUACACGACAAACUACCUCGAGAUGGAGAACGCAGUCAACAAUCUGGGCUACAAGCCCGAGGGCGAUGCCGGCCGUGUUUUCUCCACCCAAGUUCCAGCAACGAUCCCGCUCUACCACCUGUGGAGCGCGGGACUGCAGGACAACUUCUACACCACGUCCAAGUCGGAGGCACAAAACUCAGUCGGCUCCUACACCGGCGGCACAGAUACCAUUGCUGCGUUCGUCUAUGCUGACCAAGUCUGCGGCAGCAUCCCAUUCUACCGCAUGUGGAGCCCUACCGCGACCGAUCACUUCUACACGACGUCGAAGAGCGAGAGAGAUAAUGCCAUCAACAACCUCGGAUAUGUUGAUGAGGGUAUCCAGUGCUACGUCCUCCCUACCGAUGAUUAA